AUGGAGCAGGAGUUUAAAUCCCAGCCAAGCACCAGGUCACGGGAGUCAGAGAAGCGAGACAGACUGCCCUGUCUGUGCCUGCGGCACAGUGAGGAUGACUCCAAAGGAGUCCACUGGGUCUGUGAAGAAGAGACUGAGGGAUCACCAUUUUUCUCCCCACCACCACCAAGGCAGGGCCUCAGGGAUCAGUCCGUGGAGCCCACAGUGGAGGUGGACCCGCCUACACCAAACUACAUCCCUCCAUCCCAGAACCAUAGAGGAGGAGGGGAGUGGGUGAAAAAUGAAGUUAAUGUGCUGGAGAAUGCUGAAAACAUUCUCUUUGGUGUAAAACAAUUCAAUCUGGUACAAGAUGAGGCUAAGGCUCUAGUGCAAAGAGAAAGGAUUGGCAUGAACCAUGAAUUGAACUUCAAUAAGCCCAGAGGCAGGGGGCUAGGACAGGAUUCUGGAAGCCAUAUUCCAGAAGGAGCUUUUGAAGAAACUAGAGAUGUUUGGCCUGAAAGAAAGAUGCUUUUAGAGGGCCCGUCUGUCCGUCUAAAGCACCAAUCCUGCUCAGUUUUUAUUCCACUCCCAGCAGUUUCCUCUCAUGUGGGGUCUUGUCCUGGAGGGGAGCCCUGGUUGGUCAGUUUGGAAAGUUUACAGCUCACAGCUGACUGCAGAUCCCUCCCACUCCUUGACUGGAUUGGGCAAAGCCCCUCCCAGUACCUGCAUGGUUUCCCCGUAGGCCUGUUUUCAGUGAAGACCCUGAUUGAUCGGUCCUGCUUUGAGACAAUUGAUGAUUCUUCUCCUGAAUUUAACAAUUUUGCAGCUAUUUUGGAACAGAUUCUCAGUCACCGGCUAAAAGAGAUAUCCCAAAGUUGCAGAUGGCUGGCUCAUCUCCAAAUACCUCUUCAAGGUCAAGUAACCUGGUUUGGUUAUGAAAGUCCUCGUAGCUUCUGGGACUAUAUCAGAGUGGCUUGCCGGAAGGUUUCACAGAAUUGUAUCUGCAGCAUUGAAAAUAUGGAAAAUGUCAGUUCCUCUAGAGCUAAGGGUAGAGCCUGGAUUAGAGUAGCACUCAUGGAAAAACACUUAUCUGAAUACAUCUCUACAGCUCUGAGAGACUUCAAAACAACCAGGCGAUUUUAUGACGAUGGAGCAAUUGUCUUGGGCGAGGAAGCAAAUAUGCUUGCUGGCAUGCUGCUUGGACUCAAUGCCAUUGAUUUCAGCUUCUGCCUCAAGGGAGAGGGAUUGGAUGGAAACUUUCCUGCUGUAAUAGACUACACACCAUAUUUGAAGUUUACCCAGAGUUCUGAUAGUAUCAGCAGUGACGAGGAAGAACUGAGGACUUUGGGAAGCAGUGGUAGUGAAAGCAGCACUCCAGAGAAUGUCGGGCCUCCUUUCAUCAUGGAUGAGAAUAGUUGGUUCAACAAGUGUAAGAGAGUUAAACAAAAGUAUCAGCUAACCCUGGAACAGAAGGGUUAUCUUGAAGAACUCUUACGACUUAGAGAGAACCAGCUGUCUGAAUCUGUCUCCCAGAAUAAAAUACUGCUUCAAAGGAUUGAAGAUUCUGAUCUGGCCCAUAAACUGGAAAAGGAACAAUUAGAAUAUAUAAUUGUGGAGCUUCAAGAUCAGCUGACUGUGCUAAAGAAUAAUGAUUUAAGAUCAAGACAAGAGUUAACUGCCCACCUCACCAACCAGUGGCCUUCCCCAGGAGCUCUGGAUGUCAAUGCUGUUGCCUUGGAUACGUUGCUUUACCGAAAACACAAUAAACAGUGGUAUGAAAAAAGUUAUCAAAGUCUUGACCAGUUAUCAGCUGAAGUUAGCCUUUCUCAGACUUCGCUGGAUCCAAGUCAUUCACAAGAAGGAGAUGGAAAACAAGACACAUUGAAUUUAAUCACUGAAGGUAAAGAAGAUACUCCCUCAUUACUCGGUCUCUGUGGGUCUCUAACAUCAGUGGCAAGUUACAAAUCACUAACAAGUCUCAAAUCUAAUGACUACCUUGCAAGUCCCACAACAGAGAUGACAAGUCCAGGCCUAACUCCAUCCUGA